CGCGACCCCACAAAACCCUCUUCCAGAAGCAGCGCGGCGGCAGAGACCCAGUUGGGAAAUUCGGCGGCCUUGCCCCUCCUCGCAAGCCAUGGGGUUCAAAUUGCAGCAGUGGGGAGUAGUAGUCAGACCUGGGGAGACAGUGAAGUGUAACCCAGGAGAGUUCUGUUUUCGUGUUUCACAGAUAGCACUACAUGCUGGCAAGGGGAACGGAGAUGUGAGAAUCUUUGUGAAAGUUGAUGACAAAGAAAUUCUGCUUGGCACCCUUUCAGAUGACAAAUACCCUCACUAUAUAACUGAUUUGAAUUUCGAGGAGUUUGAGCUACUACACACCUCAGAAACAAGAAACAUCUCCAUUAUUGGAUUCAAAUACAGCAAGCUCGGGAGAAAAUAUCAUUUCCUUUUUUUCCUUUAUUGCAUCUUUACCAAAAGAAACAAAGUAUUAAUAUUUAUGGUAUAUCCUUUGCUGUACUUGUACAUAACAAUUGUUGUUUCAGAGUCAAGAAUGAUUUAUGAUAAGAGCAAAGAUACUGAAAGUGGUUCAGAAAAGCUUGCUGCACUAAACCCUGUUGCUACUCAGUCCUCUACCUUGGAGGAGAAAAAGGAUCCUGAGAAACUGCAAAAGAAUGUCGGUGCCUCUGAUGAUGAUGAAAGUGAUGAAGAUUAUGUUGAUUCAGAAGAGGGUGAAUCUAAUGAUAAUGAGGAUUCCAGUGAUGAGGAUGAUGAUGAGAUUUCAGAUGAAGAUGAUGACAAAAACUUCCCAAAGCAUGCUAAGGACAAUAAUAGACCAGCAGAAACACCCUUGAAGUCACCUCCAGGGAAGAAGGCCAAGAUGACUACACCAUCUAAGAGCAACAACACCGGCAGUGGUACCGGUAUGAGGAGUGGCUAUGUCCAUGUGGCCACCCCUUAUCCAUCCAAGCACGUGAAGAACAGACCUUCAUUGCUCAAAAAGAAGACACCUUCAACCGGUGACAGGCCUAAGCAACCUGCUGGUAAUUAUGCCUGCGAGUCGUGCAGCAGGACUUUCUACUCCUACAUCGCUCUGAAAACUCAUUGCAAGGUGAAGAAGCAGAAGCGUAGUCCUCACAAGGCGCAGGGAUGGGACGUUAUGGGUCGCAGGUCGGAAAGUGCCCACGUAUCAAGCCCAUUACGGAAAAAACGAUACGAGCCCAAUGGGCUGGAACAGAAUUCGCAGUCCCAGACACCCAGUCACAGCGGCCAGCGCUCUCCUUCUCACUCGUCUCUCUUUCUCUUCCCAUUCUUACCCCCGCUCCCCUCCAACUCAAGGCUCCAAGCGGCCGCUCCCCAAAACCCUCUCCCCCUCCCGAAGCAGCGCGGCGGAGAGAAGCCGCUGGGGGUUCCGGGGCGUGUCGUUCCUCCUCCCCAAGCCAUGGAUUUUGCAAGUUGUAAGCACUGGGGAGUUCUAGUCAGACCUGGUGAGACAGUGAAGUGUAACCCAGGAGAGGUGUAUUGUCAUGUUUCACAGAUUGCGUUGCAGGAUGACAAGGGGAAUGAGGAUGUGAGAGUUUUUGUGAAAGUUGGUGGCAAUGAAAUUCUGGUUGGCACACUGUCAGUUGACAAAUACCCUCAGUGUAUGAUUGGUUUGGUCUUUGAGAAGGAGUUUGAGUUACGGCACACAUCAAAAAACAGCAACAUCUCUGCUCUUGGUUACAAAUUCUGCGAGACAAAAUCUUAUUCUGACACUAGUACUGAUGAUGAUGAUGACUCUGAUGAGGAGGUUCCAUUAGCUAUUCCACUAUACCCCAAUGCAGAUGAUGAUAGAAGCAAACAAACUAAAAGUGGUGUGGACAACCCUGCUUCAACUCAAUUAUGUAAACCAAAGAAUACCUUGGAAGAAACAAAGGAUCCUGAGAAACAGAAAGGUGAUGUUGGUGGCACUGAUGAUGAUCACAGUGAUGAAAACUCUGUUCAUUCUGAAGAGGGUGAAUCUGGUGAUGAUGAGGAUUCCAGUGAUGAGGAUGAUAGUGACAGUUCAGAUGAAGAUGAUGGUGAAGAUACUCCAAAGAACAUUAUGGGCAAGAAUAGGCCAGCAGAAACACCCUUGAAGACACCUCUAAAGAAGGCAAAGAUCGCAACGCCUUCUAUGGGAAACAAAACUGGCAGUGGCAGUACUAAGAGAAGUGGCUAUGUCCAUGUUGCGACCCCUUAUCCAAAGCAGGUGAAGAAGACACCUUCAAUCAUUGACAGCUCUAAGCAAUCCGCUGGCUAUUCCUGCAAGUCGUGCAGCAAGACUUUCUACUCCUCUGUUGCUCUGGAUACUCAUCGCAAGGUGAAGCAUAAUGCUCAUAAGUGAGCUGAGCAUAAUGCUCUGGGUUGGUGUUCGAUGACUGAAUUGUGUGACUGGAUAGUGCUGUAAAGUUGUGUUUCUUGCGUUGACUGCAAAGGCGGCAUCACAACAUACGCCAAUCUUUCAGAACUUGUUAGUGCAAUUACAGUGCUGUUUUCUGCCAAAGGCUCAGAUUCUUUUGUAGAUUGGCGAAUGAAAGCUUUUCUUGAAGAAAGAGACCCUAUUGGUAAUUUGGAACUUUGCCCAUUGUUACGGUGUUUGUUCUGUCUGCCAGGUGCCAAGGCAGCAAGGCUUAAAUUUUCUGUAGAUUGGCGUAUGAAAGGUUUGCCCAAUGAGAAUAAUAUGUUUGUAAUAGAAGGUACUGAGAUGUUAUCUACAUAUUGGCGAUGCAAGAUUA